GGAAGUACAGAUGUAUAGUUUGGGGAGGAGCUGUCAAAUAAUGGACCUUUCACUUUCUUUUAAAUCCUGAAGCUGAUGCAUGUAUGAUGUUUACAUUUAUUUAAGUCUGAUGGACGUGUAAUCGAAAAAAGUACGCCUCCUGGAGGGACAGACUAGAACGGCGCCUCUGAACUGGCAAUAUUCUAACUUGGGGGAGCCGAAGAAGUCUUUAUUUUUUAGUCACGUGACAUCUAUGAAGAUGGCAGCGGGAGAUGUUAGUCGGAGCAAUCGGGGCCUUUGGACGAUAUUACUUGGAAGGUCAAUAUUGAGAGAGUCGGGACAAAUAAAGGCUGAAUUGGACCGUCAUCAGUCAAGGUUGCUAGAUGGAUUGUCAUACUACAAACCACCUAGUACAUCAUCUGCUGAGAAGUUAAAAGCUAAUAACGUUAUAGCUGCACCACUAAAGGAGUUUGGACUGAGAAUAAGCACACUUUUAGGCCUGGAUGAACUGCAGAGUGUAGAGCUGCUAGAGUGCUACCUUCACGAAGAUUACAGAGGAACUGUGAAUUCAUUGAAGUCUGUAAUGCAGGAUGAGAGACAGAGCCAGAAUCUGUUGCUAAAGAUUGCUGAUUAUUACUAUGAGGAAAGGAUGUACAUAUUGCGCUGUGUGUUGCACUUGCUUACCUAUUUCCAAGAUGAAAGACAUCCUCACAGGGUAAGAAUUGCAGGUUGUUUGGAUGAAUUGCAUAAAAAACUAACCUCACCUGAACCCCUAGAUCGCAAGGCACUUCAGGAUCUGGGCAAGCUAGAGGCUCCUACAGAGGACGUCAAUGGCAGCCUCCUAACCAAAGAGCGCCAGGUGUCUCGCUGGUUUAUGCAGUGCCUCCGGGAGCAGUGUCUCUUGUUGGAGGUCAUUUUUCUGUAUUAUGCUUACUUCGAAAUGGCGCCAAGAGAUCUCUUAGAGUUUGCACAACUUUUUAAAGAGCAAGGAUUUGGAAGCAGACAAAUGAAUCGACACCUGAUAGAUGAAAGUAUGGAUCCUUUGGUUGACCGGAUUGGGUAUUUCAGUGCACUGAUCUUAGUGGAAGGAAUGGACCUUGAUACCUUGCACAAGCUUGCCCUGGAGGACUGCAUUGGGAAACAUCAGUAUGCCACAGAUCAUGAAGUUUGUCAGGCAAUGGAUCGGAUAGUGUUAACACUUGUGGAUAUCUCACACCAUGCACCAGUUUUGUUAGGCUGGGCUUUGUUACGGCACACGUUGAAUCCAGAUGAAUUGAAUCAUGCCGUACGGCGAAUGGGCAGUGCUGCUAUUCAGCUUGAUGUGUUCCGGUAUAUUACCUGUAUGCUCAAAGCAUUCGGUAGUGGUGAAAAUAAUUGCACAGCGAGUACAGCCAGAUUGUGUAUCUAUGGGUUGAUGUCCUUUGUCUUAAUUUCGUUUGAAGAGCACACACUUGGAGACCAACAGUAUGUAAUUGAUGCAGCAUGUGAAGUACUUGCAGGCCCAAGCCUGGCUGAGCUGUUUUGGGAUACUGUGCCUACAGAAGGCUUAGGUGUGCUUUUGGAUAGCACCUGUGGCAUGUUUCCUCAUCAGAUUUCCCAGCUUUUGCAGCUUCUUGCAGCUCUAGUAUCUGAUAGGUCCACGGCUAAAAAGGUCUACAGUUUCUUAGAUCAGAUGUCAUUUUAUAUGGAGUUUUAUAAACACAAACCAAAUGACGUAAUUUCUCAUGAAGAUGAGACCCUUUGGAGGAGACUGACACCUAAGCUGCUGUAUCCUUUAGCAAUAGGUCAGUCAAACCUCCGCAUGCCUCAGGGAACAGUGGGACAAGUGAUGCCAAAUGAACAGGGCUAUUUGGUGAGAUGGGAUUACACGUAUAGCUGCUGGAAACUUUUCACUUGUGAAAUUGAAAUGUUGUUACAUGUUGUGUCUACUGCAGAUGUGAUUCAGCACUGUAAGAGAGUCAAGCCUAUUAUUGAUUUAGUGUACAAAGUCAUUUGCACAGAUUAUUCAAUUGCAGAUUGUCUUUUACCAAUUACCUCCCGCAUCUACAUGCUACUACAGAGGUUAACAUGUAUUAUUAGUCCGCCAGUAGAUGUUAUAGCUUCUUGCGUGAAUUGUCUGACAGCACUGGCAACAUGGAGGCCAGCAAAGGUCUGGUCUGACUUGCAUCACACAGGAUUUCUGCCAUUUUUUGCAACUUCGGUCUCCGGUUUGACUUACAACUCAAGUGGUGAAGGAAUGAAUGCUGGAAAUUAUGGUAACCUCUUGAUCGGUGUUGAGCAGCCACAGGGAGAAUAUAGCAUCACCACUGCUUUCCUCCAUCUGAUCACUACCCUCAUUAAGGGGAGGUUAGGGGAGAUGCAGAACCAUGGACUAAUACCCUCCGUGAUAUUUGUAUUGCAAGAAAUGCUGCCGAAUUACCACAAGUGGCGAUAUAAUACCUAUGGAGUAAGAGAGCAGAUUGGCUGUCUGAUUCUUGAAUUGAUCCAUGCUAUUCUGAAUCUUUACUCAGAAGAGGAAUGGGAGAACAGAGCUUCCAGUUUGCAAUCUCUGUGUAUCCGCAGUCUGUCAAACACUGAUGCUGGUCAGGCACUUGUAAACAUUAUGGGAAUUGGUGUGGACACAAUUGAUUUUGUCAUGGCAACACAGUCUAGCAGUGGCGAAACAGAAGGACCAGGUCAGCUGUUGAUCCAGACUGUAAAGUUGGCGUUCUCGAUUACUAAUAAUGUUAUCAGACUGAGGGCUCCCUCUGAUAUGGUAUCCCCUCUGGAGCAUGCACUAACUCAACAUGGUGCUCAUGGAAACAAUCUCAUAGCAGUUUUGGCCAAGUACAUCUACCACAAGCAUGACCCAGCUCUCCCUCGCCUUGCAAUCCAGUUACUGAAAAGAUUGGCUACAGUUGCUCCAAUGUCUGUGUAUGCUUGCCUCGGCAGUGAUGCUGUGGCAAUUCGUGAUGCAUUCCUCAGACGACUGCGGAGUAAGAUUGAAGACAUGAAAAUCAAAGUUAUGAUUCUGGAGUUUCUGACUGUGGCCGUUGAAACACAACCUGGUCUUAUAGAGUUGUUCCUCAACCUCGAAGUGAAAGAAGAAAGUGAAGGAUCAAAGGAGUUCAUUUUAGGAGAGUGGAGCUGCUUGCAGGUUGUGUUACAACUGAUUGACUCUCAACAGCAAAGAAGGUACUGGUGCCCACCUCUUUUGCAUAGGGCCGCCAUUGCUUUCCUUCAUGCACUUUGGCAGGAUCGACGUGAUAGUGCUUUAACUGUCCUGAGGACCUUCUGUACUUUGGAAACAUGUGCUUUUAUUAUGAAAAUUAUCUGCUUGGAAACGUAUUAUGUAGUCAGUGGAUCUCUGGAUGAGUCACUUAAAGAUACACUGAAGCGCUUUUCCACAGAUGAACGAUAUUCUUAUUGGUCUAGCUAUGUCAAAUCUUUGGUCUGUUAUGUGGCAAAAUCUGAAGGAAAAGGCUGCUCUUCACUCAUGGAGUAUAAGAUGCUGAUUUCAGCUUGGAGAAUGCUGUUAAUUGUCGCAAUGACGCAUAAAGAUGUGAUGAACCUGACAGAUUCCAAAGUUUGGCAACAGCUGUUCCUGGAUAUAUUACAUGGCACAGAAACUUUACUUCUUGUACCGAUGUCUGCUGUUUGUCUGCGACUAGGCUCUAUGUUCGCCACCCUGCUUUUGAUUUUUCUGAAAGAGUGGAAGAGAGAACUUGUUCCAGUUUCUGAAGUAUUGGAGCCCCUGAUCAAGAUUCUGGAGAGCAUCUUGCAGAUGGACCAGCAGAUGGUGGAAAAGAUCAAAGCCAGAAUAUUUUCUGUUAUCAUGUCAGUACUGCAGGUGAAACCUUUGACAGUGAGUGAUAUCCCGCAAUACCAGCAGCUGCUUCUCAUCACAUGCACUACCAUCAAGGAGGAAGCGGUGACACUGUUGGACCACACACGUUAUGCAGUCAAAUCUGAAGAGGCCUGUGAGUCACCGGAUCACCGUGACAGUAUGGAAACUGAUGCCCCAGUCAGGACAGUGCACAAAGAUGAAAAAGAUGGGAUGUGCGUUCUGGCAUUUCAUCUGGCAAAGCAACUUUGUGAGACAGAUGAAGAUGGAGACAGCUGUCUUAAAAUUGUGAAGAGCAUUCCCCUCCUUCCAUCAGUCCUUGAUGCAUUGGAGUUUAGCCUGCGUGUUAAGCAGAACCUUCAUUUCACAGAGGCUGUGCUUCAUUUUUUCCUAACUCUGGCUCGAACACAGCAGGGAGCAGCAGCGAUUGCAAGAACUGGUGUGUCACACAGCAUAUGUCUACCACUCUUGAGUGUUUAUCAGCUUACCAACAAUGGGACGGUUCAGAUUCUAAGUUCUUCACGAAAAUCACUGGAUGCACCAUCGUGGCCUGGGGUGUACUGCUUGUGUGUAUCCCUAAUGGAGCGUCUCCUUAAAACACUGGGAUACACCUUUUUGUCUGACGCUUUAGAUUUUGUUGGAGUUCACCAGGAGAGAAUUCUUCAGUGCCUUAAUGCUGUGCGGACAGUACAGAGCUGUUCAUGCCUGGAUGAAGCAGACCACACUGUUGGAUUUAUUCUUCAACUUUCUAAUUUCAGUAAAGAAUGGAAUUUUCACCUACCACAGCUACUUCAAGAUGUCCAGGUGAAUCUGUGCUACCUCUGUCAAGCAUGCAGCUUUCUCCUGCACAGUCGCAAGAUACUUCAGCACUACCUGCGGACCAAGAAUGGAGAUGCCUUACCUUCAGCAGUUGGACCUCGACCCCAGCGCACUCCCCAGACCCCCCAGACUCCUUCUAAACAGCCAACAUCUGAAACAGUAGAAGCAGAACAGAAAGCACUACAAAUGGUACAAUACAGCCUGCUUCGGAUUCUUAGCAAAACAAUAGCGUCUCUGCGACACUUUACUCCAGACAUCUGUCAGAUACUGCUGGACCAGUGUCUUGAUUUGGCAGACUAUAAAGUCCUUUUUGUGGUGAGUUUUACCACACCAACCUUCGAUGCAGAUGUGGCUCCAUCAUUUGGAACACUUUUUGCAACUGUAAAUGUUGCCCUCAGUAUGUUGGGAGAGAUUGAUAAGAAGAAAGAGCCAUUAUCUCAAAGUCUGACAUCUUUGACCCAUUCAGAAGACACUGCAUCCCUUAAGUCAUUGAUCAAGUUCAUAAUGGAGAACUGUUUCUAUGUGCUGAUUUCCCAAGCUGUUCGUUAUCUGAGAGAUCCUUCAGUUCACCCACGAGAUAAGCAGAGGAUGAAGCAGGAGCUCAGCUCUGAACUGAGUACUUUGCUGACAAGUCUAUCUCGGUAUUCUCGACGUGGGGUUCCCACUUCUCCUGCUGGAGCAUUGUUGACCUCUGCUGCUUCCAGGUCUGGUCCUGAAAGUCAAGAACCUCUCUUCAAGCUUGUGCAAGCCUUUGUUCGUCAUGUGCAGCGAUAGGAUCAGCUUAUGGGGGAAAAAAACGGCAAUGAAAACACACAAGUAUUCAACCAGUUUGUCUCAGCACUAGACUAUGGGGACAGUGUUCUUUCAGUACAUAUUGUAUUAUCAUAUUUAUGCAGAUUGAAGUAGAGACAGUUGUUACAGACUAGAGACUAGCACAAAGUUGAGUAGGCAACUGAAUACUGAUAUCCAUUUGUGUACUCUCUUGCAUUCAGUAAAUCGGUUUCUGCCCCAGGGUAUGGGCAGUCUUGACACUUUUUUUUUGAAGUCAUCAUUGAGAGUCCCUGUAUUUAUUUCAGGUUAUUUUAGUAAAACUCUUAACAUAUUUUAUAAUCUGUUGUUAUUUUUACUGACAAAUUAUAAGUUGAUAUCUGACUUACCACUGCAGUCAAUGUUCAUCCAGAUGUUAGAAGCAAGUUGGACAGGUUAACUGUCAGAUGUAUGUGUUGCAGAGAUGAAUUUAAAAUUUGGAGGUGGAUAUUAAGUGCACUGCAGAUAAUAAGAAUGGUCUCUUUGAGACUUUAUGAAACAUGGUGCUACAGCAGAUAAAAUUAGUGUGUUCAGUAGCUCAACUAUUGGGCAGAUUUAUUCAAAGACCAUUUUAUUUUCCAUGAAAGAAAUGUGCCUGUGAGUGUUACAGACUUGAAAAUUUCAUCCUCUGCUUAUCCUGCAUGGCACAGGAUGCAUUUCAGAGGAUAAAAUCCCUUACCUUCUGCUAAGGGAACAGUUGAAACUUUUUUUGAUCAGUUUAAAUGUCUUUUUAAGUCAGCACUGGAAUGAGCAUUGUGUGUAUGUAUUUGUAUGUGCGAGUAUGUGUGCUAGUGUGUCCACUGCUAUUCAGCAGCAAACUGUUUUAAUACUAAAGUGCCAUAAUUGGGUAUUACUGAUGGUGUUUUGCACCAGAUAUGCAUGCGACUUCUGUACAUAACCACAAGGACUUGAACAUAGUUUCAUUGUUUGAACUACUUUAUACUGCUUACAAGGUAUUACAUUUUGUUAUGCAUUAUGUAUUUAUACAGCUAUUAAAAGAAACUUUGUAGUUGGUUA